GGAAGGGGCUAGGAGCAGGGAGUGUCCUGGGAAGCUGUCCGGAGCCCUGUGCUGCUGUCUGCGGCUGGAGGCCGAUGUUCUGGGUCCAGGUGCUCGUGCCUGGCCUGGUAGCCCCAUUCCUGCUCGGGGCCAUCCUCAUCUACUUGUAUUGGCGCUGCCAGCCGCAAAAUCUGGUGGUUCUGGCAGACAAAGCUGGCACGGAGGCCCUGAGCCCACCACAGACCUCCCACCUGUCAGCCCCGGACAGCGCCCAUGCCCUCCUCGCACCCCCUGGCCCCCUCCAGACCCAGGAGGGGCCCCAUCAGCAGGUGCCACAGUCCUGGGUCCAGCUGCCCAGCCCAGCUCUUGGCUCUCCUCCGGCGCCCCCCCUCUCGCCGGCGCCCUCUGCAGGCUCUCCGGCCGCCAUGCUCCAGCCGGGUCCGCAGCUGUACGACAUCAUGGAUGCAGUCCCUGCGCGGCGUUGGAAGGAGUUCGUGCGCACUCUCGGGCUGCGCGAGGCGGAAAUCGAGGCCGUGGAGGUGGAGAUCGGCCGCUUCCGUGACCAGCAGUACGAGAUGCUCAAGCGCUGGCGCCAGCAGCAGCCCGCGGGCCUGGGCGCCGUCUACGCGGCCCUGGAGCGCAUGGGGCUGGACGGCUGCGCUGAGGACCUGCGCCACCGCCUGCAGCUCAGUCCGUGACGCGGCCGGGGGUGGGGUGGGGUGCUCCUGCAGCUUUAGCGCUCGGGUGACCCCGGCCAAAGCCCUAAGUACGGUUACUUAUGCAUGUAGACAUUUUAUGUCACUUACUGAGGCCUCCGAGGGCCCCGCGUAGCAGCGCCCGCCGCCCUUGACCUGCCCGAGCCGGCCGCACAGGCCAGAGCGAGUGGUGGUGGUGGGGGGGGCUGUAAGGUCGCCCCGCUGCUCUCUUGGCCCGAGUGGGGCUGGUACUGUGGUAUUAAAUCUGUGAAGACAAGUGGCUUCCUGGUGGUUCUGGCGGCUUGGGGCACGAAGUGGCCCAGGCUUCAGGCGCCGCCCCCCGCCUGCCCUCUGGGGCCAAGGUGGAGCCCAGCGCCACCCUGCGGCCCGGAU